ACAAUCACUUUCAUCCUUACAAGAUCUCUGCUCCUUCUUCUUCUUCUUCUCUCACUCUCUUUUUCAUUUAUACAUACAUACACACAUCCAAAUCCCUAUAUAACCUUUUAAUUCUCUCAUUCCCAAAUUUUCUCAUCAGUCCACCAAACACAUAAAACAAAAAACACCAAGUCUUUUUUUUUUCUUUUUCUUUCAAGGGGUCAAAAUAAUAAUGGAUCAGUCUUAUACAAACUCAGUAAACGGAUUCUACUCGUUUCUAAACAGAUCAAUGGAAGAUCUCGAAAGGGUUUAUCUCUCCGACAACUUCAUGUCCGUGCAGUUCCUACAGAGAGUGAUAUGUCUCCUAAGAACCUCUCACUCUCAUCUCACUCUUCUUGUCCAGAAACUAAACCUCCCUGUCGGUGACAAGUGGCUCGACGACUACAUGGACGAAACUUCCAAGCUUUGGGACGUUUGUCACGUCAUCAAACCCGCUAUCUCCUCCGUCGAAAGCUUUUGCUCCUCCGCUCUUUCUAUCGCCUCCACUCUCGACGGCCACUACCACCACCGCCGUCUCCUCUCCCCUCAGAUUUCCCGGCAGGUGAUACGAGCGAUAACUGGAUGUAGGAGAGAAGCUGUGGGGAUAGAAGAAGAAAACAGAGCAUUAAUGGAGAAUCGUAUUCAAAGGUUUCCUUUUUGGUCGGAGCAAGUUACGACGACGAUGGAGUCAUCCAAGAUACAGAACGGUUUCAGCGGUUUCAGAGGAGUGAUGAAUACGAUGAAGAACAUAAACUCUCUGCUCCUCGUGAUCUUGAUGCAAGGUCUUGUCUACUACAUCCCCGGAGACACGACGACGGCUGCGACGACGGGUACGAUGAUGGUGAGGUUAAAGCAGAGAGUGGCGGCGGAGAUGGAGAGGAUUGGUACGAGGAAAGGGAUGAUGAUGUAUGAGUAUAGGAGAAGCAAGACGGCGAUGGAGGAGCUCAAGGCAGAGCUGGAACGGCGGUGUUGCGGUGGCGGAGGACGAGGAGAGGAGGAGGAGGAGGAGGCGGCGGAGAAAGGGUUGAAAGAGAGAGUUGAGAGUUUGAAAGGGUAUAUAGGGAAUUUGAGGAAUGGAACAGAGAGUGUUGUUGCUCAGAUUGAUGAUUUCUUUGAUGAUAUUGUUGAUGGUAGGAAAUUGCUUUUGGAUUAUUGUAGCCACCGGUGAAAAAAAACAUUAGCAGUUUUAGUUUUUAUUAGGCUUUGUUUUAAGUUCUAUAAUUUAAUAUCCAAAGAAUAUGUUUUUACU